AUGAGGAGAAAGGAAGUCACCCUGACGCGGGACGAGGCGGCGGCAUUCUACGCGGAACACGAGGGAAAGCCGUUCUACGAGGGCCUGGUGGAGUUCAUGACCAGCGGUCCGAUCGUGGUCAUGGCCCUGGCGAGAAAGAACGCGGUGAAGCACUGGAGAACCCUGCUCGGGCCGACGAACACGGCGGUGGCGAAGGAGGAGAGACCCGACAGCAUCCGGGCCAAAUUCGGGUCGGACGGGACGCGGAACGCCGCGCACGGCUCCGACUCCACCGAGAGCGCGAACCGAGAACUCCAGUUUUUCUUCCCCGAGUUGACGUUGAACGAGGUGCUGGAGGGAGAGCGUCGAGACAACUACCUGGACGAGUCCUUGAACCCCAUCCUCAUGAAGGGACUCUACGCCGUGAGCAAGGAACGACCCGAAAACCCGGUCGCCUGGCUCGCCGACUGGCUCCUGGCCAACAAUCCCGGUCAGGCCUCCUCUUGAUGCGACUCCAUCCCCUCGCUCUCGUCCCCGCUGUCGACCGUGUCCUUCCCAUCCCCACCCCUUCGGUGUCGGACGAUCAUCACGGUGGUAUAUCGGUGUCGUUAGCAAAUAUGCGUCACUGUCAAAUCGGGCAACCUCGGUCCUAGACGGUCCCUCCUCGUUACUCCCGCUCACGAACCGUUUCUAUCGACUCCGGCU